AUAAACUGGAAGUCUCAAACAAAAACAGCUCAAAAAAACAAGAAAAAAAUGGCAAAACAAGAAUCAGCUCAAAUCGAAGUCGAAUCCGAUCUCAUAAACUUCUUAAACGCUUCUCCUACAGCUUUUCACGCCGUUGAGGAGGCAAAGAAUAGAUUAAAACAUUCAGGAUAUGUACAAGUUUCAGAGAGAGAUGAUUGGAAGCUUGAAGCUGGAAACAAAUAUUUUUUCACUAGGAAUUACUCUACUAUAGUUGCCUUUGCCAUUGGUAAAAAAUAUGUUGCUGGUAAUGGGUUUUAUAUUGUGGGUGCCCAUACUGAUAGUCCUUGCAUUAAGUUGAAGCCUGUUUCCAAGGUAACUAGACAUGGGUACUUGGAGAUUGGAGUUCAGACUUAUGGAGGUGGUUUGUGGUAUACAUGGUUUGAUCGUGAUUUGACCAUAGCAGGACGUGUGAUUGUAAGAGAAGAAAAGGAUGGCUCUGCUUCCUACUCACAUCGACUUGUUAGAGUUGAGGAGCCCAUUAUGCGUGUUCCUACCCUGGCGAUUCAUUUAGACAGGAAUGUGAAUAGCGAUGGAUUUAAGGUGAAUACACAGAGUCACCUGGUUCCGGUUUUGGCAACUUCAGUUAAGGCAGAGCUUAGUAAAAUGGCUACCGAAAAUGGUCCUAUUGAAAGUGGUGAAGAAACUGAUGGGAAGGAAUCUAAUAAGGGAACAACUAAUGAAAGCUCAAAGCAUCACCCACUGCUUUUGCAGAUAAUUGCAAAUCAGAUUGGCUGCAAAGCAGAUGAUAUUUGCGAUUUUGAAUUGCAAGCAUGCGAUACUCAACCAAGUAUAAUAGCUGGUGCUGCUAAAGAAUUUGUUUUCUCUGGAAGGCUUGAUAAUCUCUGCAUGUCAUUUUGCUCUUUAAAGGCACUGAUAGAUGCUACAGCUUCAGAAAACAAUCUUGAAAAUGAAAGUGGCGUUAGAAUGGUGGCAUUGUUUGAUCACGAGGAGGUUGGAUCUAAUUCAGCACAAGGAGCUGGAUCUCCUGUCAUGUUUGAUGCUCUUUCACGGAUCACAAGCACCUUCAACUCAGAUACUAAGCUGGUUCAAAAAGCAAUCCAGAAGAGUUUUCUUGUGUCUGCUGACAUGGCACACGCCCUUCAUCCCAAUUAUGCAGACAAACAUGAGGAAAAUCAUCAACCCAAGAUGCAUGGAGGGCUCGUGAUUAAACACAAUGCGAAUCAGCGCUAUGCAACUAAUUCAGUCACCUCCUUCCUAUUUAGGGAGAUCGCCAAAAAGCAUAAGCUUCCUGUUCAGGAUUUUGUGGUCCGCAAUGAUGUGCCUUGUGGAUCAACCAUCGGUCCCAUCCUAGCAAGCGGGGUGGGGAUUCGUACUGUUGAUGUUGGCGCCCCACAAUUAUCAAUGCACAGCAUUAGAGAAAUGUGUGCAGUAGAUGACAUUAAGUAUUCAUACGAGCAUUUCAAGGCAUUCUUCCAAGAGUUCUCUGAUCUGGAUGCUAAGAUUACUGUUGACAUUUAAGUGUGUGCACCUCAACUUAUCUCUGAUUUUCCAAUGAAAGACUCAUUAAAUUGCUUAGGCUUUUCUUUUAAAUAAUGGACAGCUUCAAGAUUUUGAAUCCGAGACUAACUUUUAGUAA